UGCAAAUUCCUAAAGGAAACCGGAGCCAGAAGCAGGGGUGGAGGUGGGACGGCGCUGUCAUCAUCACUUCCAGGCGUGAGCCCCACCUAGGUCUCGGGGAGGGACCUGAGCCGGACAGAAAGCAGGGGAGUGUCAGACUGAGUCGGGGUGCAGCAGUCUGUCUCCUGCAAAGCGAAAACGAUCCGUUCUUCACGUGUUUUCUUGGAUUUCCUCGACUUGGACUUGUUUUGUUUCACUUUGAGCUGGAGGAGGUAUGCGCACGUCGUCAGGAUAAGACGCGCACGGAUGCACGCUGAGCAGAUUCAACACCAAACUUCAGAACUCUGAAGAGUUGACUUCAAAUCUGAAAGGAUUACAGGUUAUCAGAGGAGAUUAAAAAGACAGAAGUGAACCAUCUGGUGGGUCGUUAAAGGGAUUAUGGCCCUUUCAGUCAAGAGGCGCACAACCUUCCUCCCCUUCCUCUUCCUCUUCAACGCUUCCCUCACCUGCCUGUGUCAAACAACCAACAGCAGCUCCGUCGGACUCACAGCCACCCCCCCACCCGCUGCCUCUAACGACACGCUCCUGAAGGGCGUGCGAGGCUGCAGCGAUGAGCUGCGGUCGGUUUACCGGUACCUGUGUGAUCGCCGGGCCAUGUGGGGGAUCGUGUUGGAGACUCUGGCCUCUGCGGGGUUCCUGCUGAGCGUCGGCCUCAUCGUGUGCUUGCUGCUCUGGACCUGCUGCACCUGCACAUCGUCGAGGCGCGGCGACAGUAACGUCGGAGGCACUGUGCUCUCCACGUCCAUGUUCCUGCUGGCAAUCGCUGGGAUAUUUGCGCUCACCUUUGCCUUCAUCAUUGGCCUGACCCCUCAGACCUGCCCCACCAGGCUCUUCCUCUUCGGGGUUCUCUUCUCCCUGGCCUUCUCCUGCCUUGUGGCCCGCUGCCUCGCCCUGCUGGGCUUUGCAGCCGCUCAAGGCUGGGGGGAGCCGGCUGUGGCUCUGGGACUCUUCACGGUGCAGGUCAUCAUCUCCACCGAGUGGCUCCUCAUAGUGCUGGUGCGGGAUGAGAACCCCUGCGACUACAGUCAGAAGGAGUUUGUCAUGCUGCAGAUCUACGUGCAGUGCCUCCUGGCCGUCGGUCUGAUUCUCUCUCUACACUUUCUGAAUCGCUCCUGCUCCACUCAGUGUUGCAGCUACACCGGACCGUCCAACAAGAAGCUGUGGCCACUGGCGCUGCCGCUCUUCCUCACCAUGCUGCUCUCCGCCUGCAUCUGGGUGGCGUGGAUCACCAUGUUCAUCAAGGGAAACCCCGACGUGGGCCGUCGGCCUGUUUGGGACGACCCGGUCCUGAGCAUUGCCCUGGUGGCCAGCGGGUGGGUCCUUCUCAUGGGAAAUGGACUUUUCCAGCUGGCCUUCAUCUUCAGAGUGGAGGCUGCCUCCAGGGAGGCCCCUCUAACCUUCAGGGGCUGGACCAGCGCCGGAGGCGACAUCCCUGGACUGGGAAGCCACAAAGAAGGGAGAGAAAACGGGAGUUUUGAGAAUGAAGUGGAGAACCGGAGAGGUCGGAGGAAGGAACCGUCGCUGAGGUCGCCCUACGAGGCGGACUUCACCAUGGCUGAGAUCGACACUAACAGAGACUACACCAUCCCCCGCCCUCAGACCACCAACUACACCGAACCGUACGAUCAGUGUUACGAACAGGAAUAAAAGCCCUUCACCUGUCUAAUGUCUCAAAAACUAAAUGUACCCCAAACCACAGGUGUCCAGGUGAGCACGGAUUUGUGAAUAUAAAAUAUAAAAAUAUUCCCACUUCAGUGUUGAUGAGUGCUGCCCUACCCUGAGAUUGGUGCAAUAGUCCGGAGGUGUGAAACUGUCACCGUGGAGGCACCAAACUGCUGAGUAGGGCACGGCCGUCUCAGAGCAACGAAGUGGGCAGGGAUCGAGAUGAAAAAGAUGAAGUGAGAUCUGGAUGGGUUGAGAUAAGACCGGAGGAGGACGGGGAACAUCUUCACCCUUACCGUGCUGCUCCUGCAGGAGUUGGGUCCUUUCCCCUCAAAUAUAGAUCUCUGGUUUCAAUAAACGGUUAUAUGGAAGCUUUGCAUUUGUUUCUUGCAUUUAGAAUAAAUAAAACUCACAAAGUCAAUAACUUAAGUCAGUGUCUCUUUUGAAAAUUAAACACCUUAGAGCUGAAAUGCCACCGCGUCACCACAAGAGGGCGACGUCUGCGUGCAUCAAAAGCAGCACCACGGAUUUGGAGGUCAAAUACAAACCACCUCAGAAUAUCAUAAAAAGUUCUUUUUUAUCAGCAAUUCAGCCUAGAAAAAAAUUCUCUC